AAUAGAGGCGGGCCUUGAAAUGCUGAUUGAUGCGUAAUUACCCCAGUAACAGAUUAACUCCGAUCUAGGGCGGCCAGAAUUACUAAACUGGCUUUACAGUUUCACUUUUCUCAUUCAGCACUUUGGAAACAUGGCUACUCAUACCAAUGUAUCAUGUAGUGGCCCUCCCAUUUUAAAGUUUUUGAACAGUACCAGAAGGCUAGAGCACAAUUUGUACAAACAAUUGCAGAACUUGCAACAAGGCCACAAAAUAUUGAAACUCUACAAAAUGCAGGUGUGAUGUCUCUUUUGAGGCCCCUCUUACUGGAUGUGGUUCCAAACAUUCAGCAGACAGCAGCUUUGGCACUGGGACGUCUAGCUAAUUACAAUGAUGAUCUGGCUGAGGCUGUUGUUAAGGGAGACAUUCUUCCGCAGCUUGUGUAUUCAUUGGCAGAACAAAAUCGUUUCUACAAGAAAGCAGCAGCGUUUGUGUUGAGAGCUGUAGCUAAACACUCUCCUCAAUUAGCCCAAGCAGUGGUGGAUUGUGGGGCACUGGAUGCGCUGGUGAUCUGCCUAGAAGAGUUUGAUCCAGGAGUCAAGGAAGCAGCAGCUUGGGCACUGGGAUAUGUUGCGCGUCACAGUGCAGAAUUGUCGCAGGCAGUAGUGGAUGCAGGAGCUGUUCCUCUUCUUGUUCUUUGUAUCCAGGAACCAGAGGUGCCACUGAAAAGGAUUGCUGCAUCUGCACUAAGUGAUAUCGCUAAACAAUCCCCAGAGCUAGCUCAAACUGUAGUCGAUGCAGGGUCCAUUGCUCACCUAGCUCAAAUGAUCCUAAACCCUGAUGCUAAGCUAAAGCGUCAGGUGUUUUCGGCUCUUGGUCAGAUUGCAAAGCAUUCAGUGGAUCUGGCAGAAAUGGUUGUAGAAGCAGAAAUUUUUCCUGCUGUUUUAACAUGCCUGAAGGACUCGGAUGAAUUUGUGAAAAAAAAUGUCGCCACCCUAAUUCGGGAAAUUGCCAAGCACACUCCUGAGCUGUCUCAGCUUAUUGUUAAUACAGGAGGUGUGGCUGCUGUCAUUGAUUAUAUCGGUGAUUCCAAAAGCAAUGUCAGACUGCCUGGUAUUAUGAUGCUUGGUUAUGUGGCGGCUCACUCGGAGAACCUGGCAAUGGCAGUGAUUGUCUCCAAGGGGGUGCCUCAGUUGGCUAUCUGCCUGUCAGAAGAACCAGAAGACCACAUUAAGGCAGCGUCUGCGUGGGCCCUGGGGCAGAUAGGAAGACACACUCCAGAGCAUGCACGUGCUGUUGCUGUGGCAAAUGUUCUGCCAAAGCUCCUUGCACUCUACAUGCAGACUGGAAGCUCUGAAGACCUUCAGAUUAAGGCUAAAAAGGCCCUGAAAAAUAUCCUGCAGAAAUGCACAUUUCUGCCAGCUCUCGAUCCACUACUACAUGAUGCUCCUCCCAAUGUCCUUAAACAUGUUGUUGGACAGUAUAGUAAGGUACUACCGCAUGAUGCCAAAGCCCGCCGUCUUUUUGUCACAAGUGGUGGACUAAAGAAGAUUCAGGAGAUUAAAGCAGAACCUGGUUCAGUUAUGCAGGAAUACAUUAAUGGUAUUAACAACUGCUAUCCUGAAGAAAUUGUCAGAUAUUAUUCUCCUGGAUACUCAGAUGCACUGUUGGAAAGAGUGGAAAACUACCAGCCAGCUCUUUGAGAAACACUGGAUAUUAUUUCAAUCUUUGGUUCUCCUACUACUAAAGUUUUGAAGUAUCUACUCAUUUGCUAAUAUUUCCCACAUAGUUUACAGUAAAUUAUGCCCUAAGUUCCUAACUCUUCUCUCCUUUAAAGCAAAUUAAUCUAAAAUCAAAUAAUCAUUUGAAAAUGAAAAUAAGCACCCUUACAAAUAUGUUCUGGAAGUGUACCAGUUGUAUUUCAGUGUAUCUGGGGUCUUUUUUUAUGAUGGUUAUUGUUGCAAUGCUUCACAUGUCUCAAUAAAAUGGUAUAUUUUGCAAAAAGCCAUUUCUAUGUUAUGGUUAGAGAGGCUGUACAUUCUCAUUGACAUUUGUGAAGCCAGGGUUCACUGACCACUGGCCUCUUUUAUAUUCUGUGACCUGCAACUUUAAACUUUUUUUGUGACCUUCUGUAACUGAUUAGUUCAUUGGCAGUAGUAACGUGGUGACUUAGAUCUGAAAUGAAAAGUUUGUUGAUAGCCAGCUCUUUAUAUUUGUAUAUUGCUUUGAUUAUUCACCAAGAUUGCAUGGCAGGUGGAGUGCAAUGAAAACUAUUAGCGUUAGUUUCAUUACUCCACUAAAAUUAAUAACUUUGAAAAAUGAUAUAGUCUAGGUUAUUACACAUAUGCAUCUGCCCAUUACGCUUUGUAUCUACUGUUAAUACUCGUGUGGAAUGGUGGUUUCCUGUAUGCCUGACGUUCCUGUGGAAGUCUAUUUGUAAUUCGUACAACGAUGGAGAGUAACAUUGCCUGGCGUGUUGGCUGUGACUGACUUCGACCCAUUCUCUUUUAAUCCCUGAUCAUCUUGCUGUUGCUAAACGAAGGAUUUUGAAUUAGUGUUUGGCAUGCGGCAAAAUUUAUCUUCCUUAGUAAACCGUUCGUAUUCGGAGGAAUGACAUUCUUUGUAUUCCGAUCCACCUCUCAUUUAGCCGUUUUGCCAGCUGUCGGGCCUUAUUUCAGUUUCGCUUUGAUAUGUUACUUGUACAUUACGUGUGGAAUGGAAAAUAUAGGGCGUACAACCCUUUAAUCGUGGUAGUUAUUUGAACGUGAUUGUGACAAUUGAUAUGUUGCUGCAUAAUAUAUAAUUCCAGUUUAGUACGGCCUAUAAAAUGACAUGGAGAAUGACGCUGCACGGUGUAAAGAUUGAACUGUUAUGUGGGGGCGGGAGGUGCACAUGAUUGAAUGUGGACCUGCAGGAGCACUGUUAUAGUCGUGCAAUUGGUUUUAUUCAAUUGGCAUUUAAAAGGCUGAUGGAGGGGUGUGGGCUUCUGCAGAAUGUUGAAACCGAGCCCGCCAUAAGGCAUUUUACAGACUGAGUCUUUUUGAUACGUCCUUCCAUAACAUCGGCGGCAAAACCUGCGCCUUCCUUUCUCAGU